AUGGCCGCGGCGCCCCCCUCAGGCGGCCUUGCGUCGAGGGCGUCGUUGGCAUCGACGUCAGGAGACCGGUCGCCUGCUGCGAGCGGGCGGCGGGCGACGACGGCGGCGGCGGCGAAGAAGAAGAAGCUGGGCCGCGAGCGCAGCCGGUCGUUCUCGUCAGACUCGUCGUCGUCCUUCGACAGCCUGUUCCCCACCAUCACCAUCAGCGGCGGCGGCGGCGACCUGUCCUGCUACGCGUGGAUGGGACCCGACAGCUGCCCGCGCCCCGCUUCGGCGCCGCCGACGCCCACCACCACCACCGACGCCGCCGCCGACGCUGCAGCCGCCAUCGAUGGAGCCCACCGCACGUGCGACACAGAACGGGCGCCUCGACGACGGCCGACGCCGGCCGACGCGACCGAUGCCUCCUCGGCUCUGCGUAGCGCCAUCACCGCUGCCGCUGCCGCCGCCACCACCGCAGACCCGCCACCGCGUGAAUGCACCACCACCACCGCCAGCGGCGGCGGCCAGAACAGUGACGCACGGCACGACGUGGCGGCGGCGGCGGAGGAGGAGAACGACGACGACGGCGAUGGUGACGACGAAGACGAUGGCGACGAGGAGGAGGAGGAGGUCGUGGCCCGCCGUCGGGUGUACGAUGGGCGCCGGGGCGCAGGGGCGCCGGGCGUGGUGGAGGAGAGGAAGCGGGCGGGGUCGGCCGGCGACUACCUGUGGGGCAUCGCCACCGCCGACCCGCUGCCUCUGUCGCCCUCUCCCGAACCGCGGUGGCGGCGGCGGGCCGGCGCUCAUGACGAUGAAGAAACCGGCGACGAAGACGAAGACGACACUGACGACGACGACGAUGAAGGCAACGACCUCUUCGUCGCGGCGUCGUCAGCCCGCCAGCCCGCCGUCCACGAGCGCGAGCAGCCGCGACAGACACCGCCGACGCCGCACCGCGAGAAGCACCACCACCAGCACCACCACCACCAAGCCGAGGCCGCCGCCAUUGCGGCCAUGAAGAAGUCAACGAAGAAACGGCGCCUCUCGCUGCGGCUCUUCUCCUCCGGCGGCGGGUCGCCCGAGCAGCAGCAACAUGCCGCCGCCGCCGCUGCCGCUGCCGCCGAUGGCGCCUCCCAUCAGGGCGGGCUGUCACUCUCGCGGGUGGUAAACAAGUUGACGCGUGGCGGCGGCGGCGGCGGCAACCAGCAACAGCACGGCACCGGCGCCGGCGGCGGCGGUCAUACGGUGUCUCCGGGCCACCCGGAGCUCGCCUCGCAUUCUUCGCCGGCCCCAAGCCCGCUGCCGCCGCUGGCUUCCUCGAAUUCCUUGAAUUCUUCUUCUUCUUCUUCUGCCGGCGGCGGCGGGCCAGCUCGCGAUGGCCACGCGGCCUCAAUCCUGGCGGCCGUCGGAAGCGGCCACUUCCGAUCGUUCUCGCCGGCCCAGCAGCAGCUGCAGCCGCCGCCGCAGCUCCCGCCUCGCGCGGCGGACGGGUGGGGCCACGGGCCGCCCCCGCUGCCGCACCGCCGCAACAUGCGCCCCGCCAGCUGCAGCCUCGGCGCCUACGACGCCAGCACCGGCCGCACGCGGGCCGAGCGCGACGAGCUCACCUCCGCCGCUUUCCGCGGCAGCGGCAACCCACCACCACCACCGACGACGACAACGACGGCGCGUUCGCGGAUGGCGAUGCUGACCACCGUGGGCAGCGGCAGCAUCGGCAGCUCCCUGUCGCGCCGCGGUGGCGGCGGCGGCAACCCCAGCCUCGCCGACGCUCCGGGCGAUGACGUGGCCAGCGCCAGCAACAGCACAAGCGGCGGCGGUCGCGUUGCGCGCGGCGGCAAGGGCCUUGGCGCGGGCCACAAGCUGCACGAGCUGGCCCUCUUGAGUUCGUCGUCGUCGGUGGCGGCCGCGGCGGCGCAGGAGCGGCGCAACAGGGACAAGGAACGGCCGCCGCCGCCGCCGCCGCAGCAGCACUCCCCGCAGCCCCGCAGCAGCACUCCUCGCAGCCCCCGCAGCCGCACCGGCCGCCGCCGCUCCCGAGCGCGGCUCCCGCCGGCGAGCCCUCGUUCUGGGCGACGACGACUACGACGACGGGGGCGCCACUGGCGCUGCCGCCGGGGGCAGCGUCGGCGGGGGUGGCGUCGCCGCGCGGGCGCUCAAUCACGAUCCCGUCGUCGGGCGUGGGCGACCAGCGGGUGUUCGCCCUCCUGCAGGACCUGCACCUCACCAAGUACUGGCACACCUUCGCCCGCGAGGAGAUCCUCCUCGAAGACCUCGACGACAUGCAGGAGCAGGUACCCCCCCAAACCACCACCACGGCCACCACACGUUUGUGAUGCUGCUGCUGUUGUUGUAUGGCUCACACACCACACACACACACCACACACACACCACACACACACACCACACACACCACACACACACGCCACACACACACCACACACACACACACACCGACCGAUCAAUCGACG